AUGCUCUGGCCUCAUGAGGGAAGGAUGCUACACACUAUUGCUUCAUUCAGUCUUUACUUCCUGGUUCUGUCCAGUUAUCCAAGAGCACAGUGCAACUCGAGCGCCUUCUCUGCCUGCCCGCACGGAAGAGACACUGCACCGUCCUUGCACACAGUAAGGCCUGAAGAUCCAGAGCCAUUCGAUCUCUACACCAAGAAAGGUCUUUUCAGGGCUGCAGUGCCCAGUGGAGCUUCCACUGGCAUCUACGAGGCCUUGGAGUUGCGUGACAAUGACAAAACACGCUACAUGGGCAAAGGUGUCUCUAAAGCUGUUGAGCAUAUCAAUAAAACUAUUGCACCUGCACUGGUUAACAAGAACGUGAGUGUUCUAGAGCAGGAGAAGGUCGACAACCUGAUGUUGCAAAUGGAUGGAACUGAAAACAAGUCCAAGUUUGGUGCUAAUGCCAUCCUGGGAGUGUCCCUGGCUGUGUGCAAGGCUGGUGCAGCAGAAAAGGGUGUGCCUCUGUACCGCCAUAUUGCUGACCUGGCUGGUAAUCCUGAAGUCAUCCUCCCUGUUCCUGCUUUCAAUGUCAUCAAUGGAGGCUCUCAUGCGGGCAACAAGCUGGCCAUGCAGGAGUUCAUGAUUCUACCUGUUGGAGCUAGCUGCUUCAAAGAUGCCAUGCGCAUCGGUGCUGAAGUCUACCACAACCUCAAGAAUGUCAUCAAGGAGAAAUAUGGAAAGGAUGCCACCAAUGUCGGAGAUGAGGGUGGCUUUGCUCCAAACAUUCUUGAGAACAAAGAAGCUCUGGAGCUACUGAAGAAUGCCAUUGCCAAGGCAGGCUACACUGACAAGAUUGUGAUUGGCAUGGAUGUGGCUGCCUCUGAGUUUUACAAAGAUGGAAAAUACGACCUGGACUUCAAAUCACCAGAUGACCCUAGUCGCUACAUCUCCCCUGACCAGCUGGCAGACCUGUACAAAGGCUUCGUCAAAGAUUAUCCUGUGGUGUCCAUUGAGGAUCCAUUUGACCAGGAUGACUGGCAAGCAUGGAGCAACUUUACUGCCACCACCAGUAUCCAAGUUGUGGGUGAUGACCUGACUGUCACCAACCCCAAACGUAUUUCUAAAGCCGUGACAGAUAAAGCCUGCAACUGCCUGCUCCUCAAAGUGAACCAGAUUGGUUCCGUCACAGAGUCUCUGAAUGCCUGCAAGAUGGCACAGAGCAAUGGGUGGGGUGUGAUGGUCAGCCACCGCUCUGGAGAGACUGAGGACACCUUCAUCGCUGAUCUGGUUGUUGGUCUCUGCACUGGACAGAUCAAGACCGGAGCACCGUGCCGAUCUGAACGUUUGGCCAAGUACAAUCAGCUUCUGAGGAUUGAAGAGGAACUUGGAGCCAAGGCCCGUUUUGCUGGCCAGAACUUCAGGCACCCCAUCUGA